CCCGUUUUCUUGUUGUGUUCACUUCAUCUUCCCUCACUCUCACUCUGCGGUGUAGCUUCGUUGUUGGGUGCUCUUCACUCGCUUUCUUCCUCAAUUUAUAGUCCCUUCUAUCUUUAGGGCCUGGUGCGGGUUAGUGGUUAUCGCCCCCGGACUUCUGACUCCGCGGUUCUCGCAGUGUUUCUCUCUCCCCUACCGCUUCCAUGAGCGCAGCUUUACUCCGGAGUCGUCCGGACACUUCUGCGCUGCGGAGAGUCGGCCUUCUCUCCCGUCGCUAUAACUCCUCCAAGCAACCGGGCUCAAUUGGCUUGGUCGCAGCUCGAACCCGGUCGUCUCGACCGAAGCCCACCGCUCAAUGUCUGGCGUCGCGUGCGUUCUUCACUCCCGGGUACUCGGCCCGCCAUAAAUCCACCACAGCACAAGCCGCUGAGGUCGUGCAACGAUCCUCCCUUCGCAACAUCUUAUUCAAAUCCUUCGCAUACUGUGGCUUCUUCAUUGUUAUGAGCGGUGCGGCCGUGGUCGCUUUCUUUAUCUACGAUGCCACCACAUACCGCGAGAAGUCCAGCGCCGCCGACGUCCCGGUUUCGGAACUGGCUCUGAACCCCCGACGGGGUGGCCCGAAGAACCUGCCCAUUGCGGAGGUCCUCAUCAGUGACAAUGACUCGGAUGAUCGAUUGGCUUCGAAGGACAAGCCUAGGCUAGUCGUGUUGGGAACGGGCUGGGGCAGCAUUGCGCUGCUCAAGCACCUCAACCCGGGUGACUACCACGUCACGGUGGUGUCCCCCACCAACUACUUCUUGUUCACGCCGAUGCUGCCGUCCGCGACGGUGGGUACUCUCGGCUUGCGGUCCCUUGUGGAGCCGGUUCGUCGCAUCGUGCAGCGGAUCAAUGGUCAUUUCCUCAAGGGACAGGCCGAAGACGUGGAGUUUUCGGAGAAAUUGGUCGAGGUGUCUCAGGUGGAUGCCAACGGCAAGGAGCAUAGGUUCUAUCUUCCUUACGAUAAGCUGGUGGUCGGAGUUGGCUGUGUGACCAACCCCCAUGGUGUCAAGGGCCUUGAGCACUGCCACUUCCUCAAGUCCAUCGACGACGCUCGCAAAAUCAAGAACCAAGUCCUGGAGAAUAUGGAACUGGCCUGUCUUCCGACCACCAGUGACGAAGAGCGCAAGCGUCUCUUGUCGUUUGUUGUCUGUGGUGGUGGCCCGACCGGCGUGGAGUUCGCUGCUGAGCUGUUCGAUCUCUUGAACGAGGAUCUCCUUCACUCUUUCCCCAAGAUCCUGCGGAAUGAAAUCUCCGUGCAUAUCAUUCAAAGCCGCAGCCACAUCCUCAAUACCUACGAUGAAGCACUGUCCCGAUACGCCGAGUCUCGAUUCGCUCGCGACUACGUGGACGUCUUGACCAAUGCUCGAGUCAAGGAAGUCCACGAUGACAAGGUCCUCUUCACCCAGACUGAAGACGGCAAAACUGUCACCAAGGAGAUUCCCAUGGGCUUCUGUCUCUGGUCCACUGGUGUCUCCCGCGCUCCUCUUUGCAAACGACUCUCCGACAGACUCGAAUCCCAAAAUAACAGGCAUGCCCUGGAAACUGACUCUCACUUGCGCCUAAUUGGCGCACCGUUGGGCGACGUCUACGCGAUCGGCGACUGCAGCACGGUGCAGAACAACAUCGCCGAGCACAUUGUGUCCUUCCUGCGCACCAUUGCAUGGGAGAAGGGCAAAGACCCGCAGAAGUUGCACCUGACCUUCCGCGAGUGGAAGGAAGUCGCCAAUCGCGUCAAGAAGCGUUUCCCUCAGGCUUCGAAUCACCUCCGGCGGCUUGACAAACUCUUCGAGCAAUACGACAAGGACCACUCGGGCACCCUUGACUUCGGCGAACUCUCUGAAUUGCUACACCAGAUCGACAACAAGCUGACCUCGCUCCCGGCUACCGCGCAGCGCGCCAACCAGCAGGGUGAGUACCUCGGUCGCAAGUUGACCAAGAUCGCAGCCGCGUUGCCGGGUAUGCAGGUCAACCAGAUUGACUAUGGGGAUCUGGAUGAGGCGGUGUACAAGGCCUUUAAGUAUAAGCAUCUGGGCAGUUUGGCAUACAUUAGCAAUGCGGCGGUAUUUGACUUUGGAGGCAUGAACUUCAGUGGCGGCGUGUUGGCGAUGUAUCUGUGGCGGAGCGUGUACUUCGCCGAGAGUGUGAGCUUCCGGACCAGAUGUAUGCUGGCCAUGGACUGGGCGAAGAGAGCGCUGUUUGGAAGAGAUCUUAUGAGUUUUUAGUAUUAUAGUUUUAUGAGUUUAUUCCCGACCCCCUUCGUCAUAGUGGGGGUUAAUUUAGAUGCAUGAAUGACCUUAAUUCUUCCG